ACAGCUUUUAAUCACAUGAGAUUUUUCUUCUUUGCUUCACACAGCAAAUCAAAACCACAAUUCUCACAUACUUUGACCAGCGGAUAAUUCCCACCACCACCACCACCACCACCACCCUUGAGAGAAAACCACCGCUCUCUCUGUCUCUUUCCGCCGUGGAACAAAACCCUAAUUCAUUUUUAACUUCUUCUUCUUGUUGUUGUUUUUUUUUUCAAAAAAAUUUCUGUGUCCUGCUGCAACCAUCAAUUUUCAUGAUCCGUGGGGUGUUUAUUCUCUUCUUUACACAUACCCUUUUUUCCCAAAGACAAAAUAAAAGCAAGCCAAACACUGUCUUCUUUGCAGAUCAGAGCUUUAAAGACAACUUGGGUACUUUCUGAUAGCUCUAUUCUUCCAGAAGAUCUCUCUCUCUCUCAUAUGCCAUGUUUUGUAGCUUCUCUCUUAAAUGAGUCUGUCAAAAUGGAUUCUGGAAAUAGUGGAAGUAUCCAAUCCUCGAGUACUGGUGGAGAUGAGGAGUAUGAUUCACGCGCCGAGUCUAUCUCAGCUUUCUUCAACAACAAUAACAACCCAUUAAGCCAUGUUGGUCCCAUGCCCAACCCACCACCACCACAGCCACCACCACCACCUGACCACCACCACCACCAAACCCAUCAUCACUCCUCUUCAUCAUCCAUGUUUGACCUCUUAUCAAACUUCUUUGAUCCUUUAUCCUCAUCAAGAUCACCGCCGCCGCUCACUAACCCAAAUUCAUUCCUCAACCUUGAUAUGGUCUGGUCGAAAAACUUAAGAUCUGAGCCGAAUUGCACCGAUCUUGGUGCUUUAAUAGCCCCAUCCUCACCAACCCAACAAUUUUUCACCAACCAACCACAAAGUAGAGCCACUUUUCCUUCUGCACAGAUCCCCCAGGGACCAGAAACUGCUGCAAGAGGUCCGAGUUCAGCUUCGGGUUCGAAUGAUCAGACAGCCACCACCACCAGCAGCGGCACCAAUAUUAUUCGUAAUCCUAAGAAGAGAUCCAGAGCUUCCAGGCGUGCACCAACCACUGUUUUGACCACAGACACCACUAAUUUCCGAGCCAUGGUUCAGGAGUUCACUGGCAUCCCUGCACCACCAUUCACGUCCUCGCCUUUCCCAAGAAGCAGGCUUGAUCUAUUUGGCACUGCUUCUACUUUGAGAUCAACUCCCCAUUUGGAAUCCCCAACACCUCCUUAUCUUUUGAGACCAUUCGCCCAAAAAUUCCAACCACUCCCUCCAUUUCUCUCUUCUUCGUCUUCGUCGUCCUCAUCUUUUUCUACUUCUAUGGUCGAUGCUAUAGCUUCCACUACCACAACUAACAUCAAUUCUUCAACUUCCAUUAACUACCAGCUAUCUUCUGAUUUAGGACUUCUGAAGCAGCAGCCACAGAAUCUACUCAACAUCAACAUGCAAAACCCAAUUCUCAAUCUCCACUCUCUUCUUCCUAAAUACCCACUUCCCAAUUCAACCAUUCUUGACACCUCAAAAACACAACAAGCGUCUUUAGACAUUCCAUCAAAUGAUUCGCAUCUGAAAAUGGGUGUUCUGGAAGAGUUCGGUUUGAGCCAUGGUCAUGUUAGCACGAAUCUCACAGGACUCCAAAAUAUAGUUACGUCGUCACCAAACACAACACUGCGAAGAAACGAGAGCAACAACAACAACAGCAACCCUGCAAACUGGGGAGAUGGAGUGGGAUCAAACGAGGGUGAUCAAGGUCUGUUAAUGUCCAUUAAUGGUAAUUACAGUAACUCACAGCAAAGAGUUGCCAAUGGGAAGGUAAACUACUCGGCUUCUUCAUCAGAUUUUCACGGCGAUAAGGGGCCAGAGAAUGUGAGUGCUGCAAGAAGUGAAGGUAUGGUGGAAUCAUGGAUUUGUUCUUCAGAUUAGGAAUAUAAUAUACAUAUAGAUAUAGAUAUAAAUUAUAUAUUAUCACCAUUAACAAGUUUGAUCACAAUGAGAGAGAGCCCAUCACGAAGAGAAUGAAGCAAAAGCAAAAAUGAUGGUGAGUAUCCUUGCUGCAUGAAAGAGAAGAAUAUUUUUUCUGUCUCUCCACCUUAACCGUGACUUAAUUUCACCAUAAUUAGACACUAUAUAUUUUCUUUUCUUUUCUUUUCUUUUCUUUUCUUUUCUUUUCCUAAUUAUAAUGUAAAAAAAUUAAUAGCCUCGCCUUCAUCUUCUUUGUUUUUUUUAGGGAUUUUUGUAUAUUUCUUACAGAAACAUCCUUGCAUUACAUAGAAUUUGAUAAUGGGGUUAAUUUCAUA